AUGACUACGGAAAAGCACGCCUCGGUGCUGAUUAUCGGCUGCGGCCCGGCAGGUCUCGGCGCCAUCGAGCAGUUCAAGCGCAGAGGAUUCAAUGUCGUGGCUUACGAGGCGCGCGACGGUGUAGGUGGUCUCUGGAACUUUGACCCGAACCCGUCGCCUUGCUACGUCUCAUUCGACAAGGAUGGCCACCCUGUCGCUCUGACGGAUCUGGAGCGAUCCGAUCAGCCAGCGCCGUCCCUGACACCGAUGUAUGGUGGCGUCACGGCCAACACUCCCAAGGAUGUUAUGCCCUAUAGGUCGCACCCGUACCCCCCGGGCACCCAGGACAGUCCAAAGUACGACGUCAUUUACCAAUACCAAAAGCAGCACGCCGCGGCUUACACAGACUACAUCCGGUUCAACCGAGUGGUUACACGACUGCGACACACGCCCCCUGACCAUGCCUUGAAGAACAAGUGGUUGGUCGAAUGGACGCCACCCGUCAAUAGCGGCUCGUCGGAUGUGGGAAAGAUCUUUGAGGAAGGCUUUGACCAUGUUGUUGUCGCCAAUGGAUCGGACACGAGACCGUUUAUACCCUAUACGGAAAACUUGUGGCUCUGGAAGGGAGACAUAUUGCAUUCAAGAUGGUAUAGAGAGGCGAAGGCAUUCGCUGGAAAGACUGUGCUGGUCGUUGGUGCUGGCCCAUCAAGCGCUGACAUUGUGAGGGAACUCGGCAUGCUGAAUGUUGAAAAGUCACCUCUGGCGCCGCGGAAGGUAUACCGCGCUCUCCGGAGCGGCAAGACUCGUUAUGAUACGGAGCUCGAGAAAGGCUGGGCCGAUUAUAUCAAGAAUAUUGCGCCCAUACAGACCGUUGAGUCCCCUUCGUCCAACUCUGCAAACGGCAGGAUCAUUACCACCUCGGGGGAGACCCUGGAUGAUGUUGACGUCAUCAUCUUUGCUACUGGAUUCUUGUUCCGCUUCGAGUUCUGCCGCCCAUCCGACACCCCGUUCGACAAAGCACCUCUGCUCAGAUACACAUCUGUGCCUCCUGAAUAUCCGAGGCCCCCGAGCGAGCUGGUUGGAAAAGCUGAACUGGAUGGAGGACACCGCGUCCAUAAUCUCGACGCGCAUCAGCUGUUCUACCUCCCUGACCCGACCCUAGCAUUCCUCCUUCUCCACGCCGAAGCCAUUCCGUGGCCCUUUUCGGAGAUGCAGGCCCGUGUCGUAGCGGCUCACUGGUCGGGUACAAAGCUCGACUUAGCCCCUCAUCCCGAAGAGGAGUCGGAUUCUCAUUCCGUUCUGGUGCUCGGACAUCCUGGAGAGCAAGCUACCCCCCCAACAUCUGAUCACUGCACUGAAUCAAGGCUAAUUUGUCCGUUUAGAUUCGAGUAUGCGGAAAAGUUGUUGGCCCUGAUUGGUGAGGGAGGGCCAGAGGAAGUUGCUGCCGACGGCCGAUGGGGCGCUUGGUCGCCGGAGAAGAAGCAUAUCCGAGAGCUCAUUGACUAG